AUGUUUUCUGCUCUUUUUCAGGUUAAUGGUAAAGUAACAGAAGAGAAGCUAGCAGCUUACACCUAUACGCCUGAAGCCAUUUAUGGAGCUUCCCAUUUAUAUAUCUUACCGACUCACAGACUGCUGCAUGGGAAUAGCAGUCUCAAGGAAGUCUUUCAGAGGGAGUUCAUCCCAGGGAAAGACUCGCUUACUUCAGUGACAGCUGUGAAUUUGCUUACCAGUCAGGAGAUUCCUGUAGUCAUCUCAGCAAAAACCAAUUUUGAGAAUUUUCUCGAUAGUAAAAUCGGAAUACCUAGUACAAGUGCAGAAGAUGCUGCAGUAGCUAAGAAUCUGGGCAUUUCUUUCACUGAAGUCACUGAAACAUUGCCAGAUGGUUUGGAGAAAGUAAUUAAUUCUGGGGAGAUCACAGGCAUGACUCGGCAGGAGGCUUUAAAAGCUAUUACCCAGCAGGCCAAAAAUAAAGGAAUAGGUGGAGACCUAACAAGUGACAAGUUAAGAGACUGGUUAAUAUCUCGACAGCGGUACUGGGGAACACCUAUUCCUAUCAUUCACUGCCGGACAUGCGGCACUGUCCCCGUACCUUAUGAAGAGUUACCUGUGGUGUUGCCCAAUGUAACCACCUUCACGGGAAAGGGAGCCUCACCUUUAGAAACUGUUCCAGAAUGGGUGAACUGUUCCUGUCCAAGGUGUAAGGCAGCAGCGCGGCGCGAAGUCGAUACCAUGGAUACAUUUGUUGAUUCCGCUUGGUACUACCUGAGGUACACUGACCCUCACAACAUGGACAGGCCCUUUAAUAGUGACUUAGCAGAUUACUGGAUGCCUGUGGAUUUGUACAUCGGAGGAAAGGAGCAUGCAGUUAUGCACUUAUUCUAUGCAAGGUUUUUCAGUCAUUUUUGCCAUGACCUAAAGAUGACAAAACACAAGGAGCCUUUCCAUAAGCUCUUGGUUCAAGGUCUUAUCAAGAAUCAGACAUUCAGGCUAACAACAACAGGCCAGUGUUUGAAGAGGGAGGAGGUUGAUCUCACUGGAACUGAACCAGUUCACCUACAAACUGGUGAGAACCUCCAAGUUACUUGGGAAAAAAUGAGCAAAUCUAAGCACAAUGGAAUAGACCCUGAAGAAUUAGUGAAAGAGUAUGGCAUUGACACCCUACGUCUUUACAUUCUGUUUGCUGCUCCUCCAGAACAAGAUAUUUUGUGGGAUGCUAAAACUGACGCUAUGCCAGGCGUUCAGAGAUGGCAGACGCGCCUCUGGAUGCUAGUAACCAAACUUAUUGAAGCAAGAACUUCAGGAACCAUGCCCAAUCCUGAGCUUCUGAAUAAGAAAGAGAAGGCUGAAGCCAGAAAGAUCUGGGAGCAGAAGAAUCUGGUGAUUUCUGAGGUAACAGAGUACUUCACAAAGGACCAUUUGUUCAAUGCAGCUAUUUCCCGAUUGAUGAGCCUCACUAACAUACUCCAUCAAGCUUCUCAGCGUCUUGUUCUCCACAGCGCAGAAUUUGAAGAUGCUUUGUCUACACUCUGCAUCAUGGUUGCACCUAUGGCUCCGCACAUUGCAUCAGAGAUGUGGAAAGGUUUGGCACAUGUGCAGAAUAAACUUUGUACUCAUCAUCAUUGGGAUGUUGAUGUGCUGCUUCAGUCCUGGCCCAUAGUAGACCCAGAGUACCUUCAGCCAUCAGACGUUGUGGAGAUGUCCGUUCUGAUCAAUAACAAAGCUUGUGGCAAAGUUUUUGUGCCUCAGCAAGCAGCCCGCAAUUUUGAAGAAGUCCAUGAACUAGUUCUUCAAAGUGAACUUGGAGUCAAGCAUCUCCAGGGACGAACCAUUAAAAAGGCCUUUCUGUCUCCCAGAACUGCCCUUAUCAACUUCUUAGUGCAAGAAUAGCAAAGGCUCUGCUGGGCUGUAAAAGAGAACUGGAAUCUUUUGAGAUGAAACCAAUUCAAAAAUACCAGUCAUGGUUAUUUAAAUCACAUGUAACGGUGGGGAAGAAAUGUUACUAAAAUCAGGUUGCCGCUAAAUCUUCAUUUCAGCACGGAGAAAUGCGCGGAAUUAAAGUUUCUUAUUGGGUCACGGC